UUUAGGAGUUUCCGUUGGAUGAGAGCAAUGAUGUUUGCAAUACAGGAGAUCAACAGCAAUGCAAAUCUGCUCCCUAACAUAACUCUAGGUUACGCACUCUAUGAUACAUGUGAUAGUGUUACGAUAGCUAUGGAGGAAAUGCUCACAUUAAUAACUGGCUCGAAGCGAUACAUUCCAAACUACAACUGUCAAAUGGACUCCGUGUUAACAGCUGUUAUUGGUGAAUCAGCCUCUGCUAUAUCAAUAGCCAUGGCAAGAAUCCUAGGCACUUACCAUGUUCCGCAGGUAAGCUAUUUUUCAUCUAUAAAUACCCUCAGCAAUAAACAAGAAUUCCCCUCCUUCUUUAGGACCAUACCAAGUGACACAUUCCAAACCACAGCCUUCGCUGCCAUAGUGGAACACUUUGGAUGGAAGUGGGUAGGUACAUUGGCUGAAGAUAAUGAUUAUGGUUAUCUCGGAGUCCACCUCUUCUCUGAACAGGUUGAGAAGCUUGGAACCUGUAUUGCAUUCUCAGAAACAAUUCCGCUUUUUUAUUCAAAAGAACGGUAUUCAGCGAUUGCUGAAACAAUAAGACAUUCCUCUGCAAAAGUUAUCAUUGUUUUUUCUGGAGAUACCAACCUGCUCCCAUUGUUUGGCGAAAUAACUGAGAAAAAUAUUACUGGAAGAACAUGGUUAGCUAGCGAAGCGUGGAGUACAUCUGCCUUUCUGAUAGAAAAAGAUCAAGUCAAUUAUUUUAGUGGUACUUUGGGACUUGCAAUACCCCAGGGAACCAUUUCUGGGCUGCAACAGUUUCUUUUCCAGCUUAAUCCACUGCAGAACCUUGAAGACAUCAACAUAAAAACAUUCUGGGAAAACUCAUUUGGAUGUUCCUGGUUUAAAAACCUAAAUAGCAAUGAAACAAUUUGCAGUGGCAACGAGAAUCUAUCAACUGUAAACAAUGCAUAUACACAGGUGUCACAACUGAGAAUCACUUGCAAUGUGUACAAUGCCAUAUAUGCUAUUGCAAAUGCACUUGAAGACCUAUUCUCUUGUGGGAACAAUAAAGAAUCAUUCAUAAAUGAAGCAUGUGUAAGUGAAAGAGACAUGAAGUCAUGGCAGGUGGUGCAAGCAUUACAAAGGGUAAAUUUUACAGAUCAGGCAGGAAAACAGCUUUACUUUGACCAAAAUGGUGAUCCUGUUGCAAAAUAUGACGUGUUAAACUGGCAGAUCAGAGCAGACGGCUAUCUCGUGUACGGUAAAGUGGGUAGUUAUGAUGCCAGCAUGCCAAAGGGACAGCAGCUAGAAAUUGAUGAGCAGGCAACUCUGUGGAAUGGAGCCACAUCCCAGCCACCGGUGUCUGAAUGCAGUAAUAGUUGUAAGCCUGGAUUUAGGAAAAGCAUCUUACGGGGCCAACCAAUAUGCUGCUUCAGCUGUAUUCCAUGCCCAGAAGGAGAGAUAUCUAAUGGAACAGAUUUCACUGAAUGUCUGAAAUGCCCCCAAGACUACUGGUCCAAUAAAAACAAGGAUUCAUGCAUACCUAAAGAAGUGGACUACCUUUCUUUUGAAGAACCUCUUGGGAUCACAUUCUCUGUUUCUGCUGCUCUGGGUGUUUGUCAAACCAUUCUAGUGACAGCAGUGUUCAUAAAAUACAGGCACACUCCAAUAGUUAGAGCCAACAACUUGGAGAUGAGCUUCCUGCUUUUGAUGUCCCUCACCAUGUGUUUCCUUGGCUCGUUCACAUUUAUUGGUCAACCGUCACCUGCACUCUGUGUCCUUCGACAGACCGUGUUCGGCAUAAGUUUUGUCUUAUGUAUCUCAUGUAUCUUUGUGAAAACCCUAGUUGUCAUUCUGGCCUUUGCAAUGGCAAAACCCAAUCAAAAUAUUUUCAAACUUUUUCGACCAUUUCAUCAAAGACUGUUAGUUAUUUUAACUACCUUAGUUCAGAUUGUUAUAUGCAUUGGAUUCCUAUAUUCCUCUUCUUCAUCCAUACAAAAGAACAGGGAAGCCGUGGUGACUAAGAUAAUUCUGGAAUGCAAUAUUGAAUCUGGUAUGGCUUUCCUCUUUGCCAUUGGUUAUAUAGGUCUCCUGGCGUUGGUUUGCUUUGCUUUAGCCUUUCUGGCCAGAAACUUACCAGACAAUUUCAACGAAGCAAAAUUUAUAACAUUCAGUUUGUUGGUUUUUGUUAUAGUCUGGGUUAGCUUCAUCCCAGGUUACAUGAGUACAAGUGGAAAAUAUGUGACAGCAGUAGAAAUAUUUGCCAUUCUUUCAUCUGCUGCUGGUUUACUUGUUUGUAUUUUCUUUCCCAAGUGUUAUAUUAUUCUAUUAAAACCAACGAAAAACACGAAGAGGAACGUAAUUGGACGGUCCCACCAAACGAGCAUACGUUCCAUGUAA